UACGGUUUCUUAUCCGUGCAAGUUUCUCCUGUGCAUUAGGCGUCUGCAGCCUCCUUCCACUUCUCCUCCCUCCUACCCCAACGGCAGAAUUAUGAAGGUCGCCAGUGGCAGCGCCGCGGCCGCCGCGGGCCCCAGCUGCGCGCUGAAGGCCGGCAAGACGGCGGGCGGCGCGGGAGAGGUGGUGCGCUGCCUGUCCGAGCAGAGCGUGGCCAUCUCGCGCUGCGCCGGUGGCGUCGGGGCGCGCCUGCCCUCUCUGCUCGAUGAGCAGCAGGUGAAUGUGCUGCUCUACGACAUGAACGGUUGCUACUCACGCCUCAAGGAGCUGGUGCCCACCCUGCCCCAGAACCGCAAGGUGAGCAGGGUGGAGAUCCUCCAGCACGUCAUCGACUACAUCUGGGACCUGGAGUUGGAGCUGAACUCAGAGUCUCACGUGGGGACCCCCGGGAGCCGGGGGCUCCCCUCCCGGGCUCCGCUCAGCACCCUCAACGGCGAGAUCAGCGCCCUGGCGGCCGAGGCAACGUGUGUUCCAGCUGACGAUCGCAUCUUGUGUCGCUGAAGCGCCGCCCUCAGGGACCCGCAGACCCCAGCCCUCCAGGGGGCGAGAGGAAUAAGUACUCUGGUCCUCCCAAGCGCCUCGCCCGAGCUGGGGAGCAACAAGAUUGAAGUCGGCGUCCCCAGGGCGCUUGCUGGGUCCGGCCCAGGGCUGGGGGACUGCCCAGGGCAAGCCGACCCUUCCUCCACACGUACCAGCCACCAGAGACUUGUGGGAGGGGGGGAAUCCUCCCCAUGUGUUUCUAUUUUUUGAAAAGCAGACAUUUUAAAAAAUGGUCACAUUUGGUGCUUCUCAGAUUUCUGAGGAAAUUAAUUGCUUUGUAUUGUAUAUUACAAUGAUCACCGAGAAUAUUGUUUUACAAUAGUUCUGUGGGCGUUUUUUCUUUUUGUUAUUAAACAAAUACUUUAGACGGUGGAAAA